AUUGCAUUGCAGCUAUUACGGCUGCUAUUCUUCUCUCACUCCAAACCAAAUCACACACCAUGACACGACCACGACCCUUGGUACUCUUCUAGAGUCACCAUUUCAUUUUCAUUACCACUUCACUCUCUCCCUCUCCUUCCUUUUUCUCACUCAUAUAAAUACCUCCAUCAAAAUCCGGUUCCGAAUCUCGAUGUCAUCAGUUCGGAGAUUAAUGGCGACUCUGUCUAGCUCUUCCUCCCUCUGGCACGGUCUUUCUAUUCGCGGUUCUCAAUCUAGCUCCAUCUCUCGCUCUCCUGCUUCGCUUGGAUGUAGAACCUUCCGCAGAAGCUUCGUCGUCGCCUCUUCCAAUUUCGACAACGAGAAUCGAGAGUUUGUCAUCGUCGGAGGAGGAAAUGCUGCUGGUUAUGCGGCUAGGACUUUCGUCGAACACGGCAUGGCCGAUGGACGACUCUGUAUCGUCUCCAAAGAGGCGUAUGCACCUUAUGAGCGUCCUGCAUUGACAAAAGCCUAUUUGUUUCCUCUAGACAAGAAGCCUGCUCGUUUACCUGGGUUUCAUACAUGUGUUGGAUCUGGUGGGGAAAGACAGACACCUGAGUGGUAUCAAGAGAAAGGAAUAGAGACGAUGUAUAAUGAACCAGUGACAAGUAUAGAUAUAGAAAAGCAUACCCUAACAACAAAUUCUGGAAAGCUGCUAAAGUAUGGAUCUCUAAUUGUUGCCACAGGGUGUACAGCCUCAAGGUUUCCAGAAAAAAUUGGAGGAAACCUGCCUGGUGUUCACUAUAUUCGUGAUGUUGCCGAUGCUGAUGCGCUUAUAUCAUCUUUGGAGAAGGCAAAGAAGGUAGUUAUUGUCGGUGGUGGUUACAUUGGUAUGGAAGUUGCUGCAGCCGCUGUUGCUUGGAAACUUGAUACUACGAUCGUAUUUCCAGAGGAUCAUCUGUUGCAAAGACUGUUUACUCCUUCACUUGCUCAGAGAUAUGAAGAACUUUACAAAGAGAAUGGUGUUAAAUUCUUGAAGGGUGCCAUGAUUAAAAACUUGGAAGCAGGUGCUGAUGGGCGUGUAGCUGCCAUUAAACUUGAAGAUGGAUCUACAAUUGAAGCAGACACUGUAAUUAUAGGCAUUGGAGCAAAACCUGCUGUCGGUCCCUUUGAAAGUGUGGGUUUGAAUACCACUGUUGGUGGCAUACAGGUUGAUGGUCAGUUUAGAACCAGUAUACCUGGAAUCUUUGCAGUUGGAGAUGUAGCAGCAUUCCCAUUGAAGUUGUAUGACCGUAUCGCAAGAGUUGAACAUGUAGACCAUGCUCGUCGAUCAGCACAACACUGUGUUAAAGCAUUGUUGAGUGCACAAACUCACAACUAUGACUAUCUUCCCUACUUCUACUCAAGGGUGUUUGAGUACGAAGGAAGUUCCAGGAAAGUUUGGUGGCAAUUUUUCGGGGACAAUGUUGGAGAAGCAAUUGAAGUUGGGAAGUUUGAUCCAAAGAUUGCGACUUUCUGGAUAGAUUCUGGUAAAUUGAAAGGAGUUCUUCUAGAAAGCGGAAGCCCUGAGGAAUUUCAACUUCUUCCCAAACUGGCAAGGAGUCAGCCCAUAGUUGAUAAAGCCAAGCUUCAGAAUGCAUCUUCGGUGGAGGAGGCCUUGGAUAUUGCUCGGUCAUCUUUACAGGUUGAAUCUUCAGUCUAGGGACCCGGUGAUGGAGCCAGCUUUUAAUGUAAUACUAAUCACAUCCCUGUCUCUCUCUCUUUUUGCAUAACCACUUCCCAAUAAUAAUUUAAAGCAAAAUAAGUACCCCAUUAUCUUUCUUUAUGCGUCAUGCCCUCUUUAAGCUCUAGAAAAUAAAAUAUUUUAGUGUGACACAGAUGUAUUAAUAGUGGUGAUCACAAGUGAAAUUUAAUUGGUUGUGCGGCUCCUAGGCUACGAGUAAGGAUGGAAUCGGCUUUGUUCCUUUCAUGUAAUAAAUUUGCUUUUUUUUUU